CUCGUCUGUGCCGGGCCCCGCUCGGGGCCGCGCUCAGGGUGCUGUGAAAAUGUCUGAAAAUUCCAGUGACAGUGAUUCAUCUUGUGGCUGGACUGUCAUCAAUCAUGAGGGUUCUGACAUAGAGACAGUGACUUCAGAAAAUGGAAGCACAAAUGAUAACCAUGAGUUUGUUUCAGAAGAAUAUGUUUCUUUGCAAGAAGAGGAGCAGCCAAUUGAUUUGCAAGCUCAGUGCAACAAUGAUGGAGAGAUACCAGUGGUAGAUAGUACUCUCUCUGCUUUUGAGGAAACUCAGACAGUUCCAGAGGGAAAGAAAGAAAAAGUCCCUGAUGAUGCGUCCUGCAUUGGAACUAUUAGCGAUGAUUCUGACAUUGUUACACUUGAAGCUCCAAAACCAGAAGAAACUCAAAGUCAGGAGGAAGCUCCAGCUGAUGGGGAAGAAGCUCAAAGUUCAGAGGAUUUUAACAUGGGUUCCUCCUCUAGCAGUCAAUAUGCAUUUUCCCAUCUAGAAACUGUUUUUUCAUCUCAGGCUAGCAAUGAUGAAUCAAGUAGUGAUGAAACUAGCAAUCAGUCCAGUCCCACAGUACGAAAACGUCGGGCUAAGAAGAGGCUGAUCUCUAGCUCCGAGGCUGAGGGUGGGUCACCUGCUGAACCGGAGUCUGAACCUCCCAGAGAAGAGCGGCACAACCGCCAGUUCAGUAGUGGCCUGAACAGAUGCAUCAUACUAGCUUUGGUGAUUGCAAUCAGCAUGGGCUUUGGACACUUCUAUGGUAAACCUGAAGGUACAAUACAGGUCCAGAAACGGCAGCAGCUGGUGACAAAGAUACGUGAACUAAAGGAUAUGAAAGAUGACCUUUACCAGUGCCAACAAGAGCAAGGAGAUAAAGUGCAUCAUAAAGUGGGGUCACUCAAGGGGGAUCUUGCCACGUGUUUGACCUCUACUGAGGUGGAGAAGAAAUCCUUUGAAUCUCAAAAAAAAAGUCUUGCUGCAGAAAAUCAGCACUUAAGAGAAUCUCUAGAGAAGGAAGAAAAAGCUUUGGCCUCACUUCAGGAAGAAUUAAGGAAGCUAAGACAACAAAUUAGAAACUUAGAAGAUAAAGGUACGAGCACUGAGUCUAUUGUAAUGGAAAAUCAGAAACUAAGGGAACAUUUGGAAGAGGAAAAGCAAAGAAACCACAACUUUCUUAAGCAAAAGGAAACACUCUUUGCAGAGGCACAGAUGUUAAGGAGAGAACUGGACAAAGAACGUCAUGUUACAGAAGCUCUAAAAAAAGAACUGGAACAGUUAAGUUCUCGUCAAACACCUGACAAUGCUGAUGAUGAUACUUUAAGAGAAAAUCAAGAAAUAGAAACUCUGCGAGGAAGACUAGUAGAACUAGAAAAAAAGCUAAACUUUGAGCAACAGCGCUCUGACUUAUGGGAGAAGCUGUAUGUUGAAGCGAAAGACCAAACUGAAAAACAAGAAAUGAAUGAAAAGGGACAAAAGAAAGGUGCUAAAGGGCAAAGUAAGACUAAAAAGAAAUCAAAGGAGUCAUUUUUUGGUUCAGUUAAAGAAACUUUUGAUGCUAUGAAGAAUUCCACAAAAGAGUUUGUAAGACACCAUAAAGAAAAGAUUAAGCAGGCUAAAGAAGCAGUGAAAGAAAACCUGAAAAAAUUCUCUGAUUCUGUAAAGUCUACAUUCAGACACUUCAAAGAUACCACAAAAAACAUCUUUGAUGAAAAGAAGUCAAAUGAUAAAAGACACGAGGGAAACAAGAAAGCUCGAACUUUUUACCGAGAACAUAACUCUUAUGAGAACCUGAAGCACAUGCAUUACAGGGGACCUAACAUGCCAAAAGAAUUCAAAGAAGGAAGAAAACAUCAAUUUACAACAUUUGAAAAAGAUACAGAUUCACAGAAAUGUCUCAGUGAUCCUUUGUGUAAUAGAAAACAUCAGUUUGUCCUAAAGGGCUGCUCUGGUAUUUUUGAAUGUGCUCAUCAAGAAUUCAUUAGUCUCUUUAACAGAGUAUCGGAUCCUAUCAGGGUGGAUGAAUUUAAUCGGCUAAUGAAAAAGUAUUUGCAACAAGUUGUACAUAACUUUCAUCACUGGAGAGAACUAGAAAAUUUCAUCAAUAAGUUUUUUCAUAAUGGGGUAUUUAUACAUGACCAGAUGCUGUUCACUGAUUUUGUUAAUGAUGUCAAGGAUUACCUGGAAGAGAUGAAGGAAUACCAAAAUAAUAAUGAAAAGGUUUUUGAGGAUUUGGACAAAUACAUCUACAGAUACUACUUUCGUUAUGAUAAUUUACCCCAAUAUGGACCCAGUCGACCUAAAAGGCCUUCUUUUACACAAACUGAAAAUUCCAGACAUGAAAAACAAGCUCAGAAGUACCACCACCGUAAUAAAAGAGAAGGUAAAUGGCAUAAACAUGGUCGCACUAAUGGAAGACACAUGGCAAAUCUUGAAAUAGAAUUGGGGCAAUUACCCUUUGAUCCAAAAUAUUGAGUAAUUUAUGAUAAAA